GCUCACCCACACCGGCAGCCUCCCCUCGCGGCUCGGCACCGGGUGAAGACGAGAGCGGCCACCGCUGGACGGGGGCACCCGGAGCCCUGCUGCCCCGGUGCACCGCCUUCCCGCUCCCCGCGCUGCAUUCAGUGGUACCGCCCCAGCUGCCGGCGGCGGCGCGGCCCUCGCGGAGCGGGAGGGGGUUUUUCUGCUCCCUCCUGUUGCCAUAGAGACUGCGGGUGCCGCCCCCCGUCCCGCGCCGGGCUGGGACACGUCGCCGCCGGCCCGGGAGGUGCGCGCAGCCCCGGCAGUUUACCAGGAAAUUCCACCUUGCUAUGAGAACCAAAGAUGGAUCCAGAAGAGCAGGAGUUACUUGGUGAUUACAGAUACAGAAAUUAUUCUUCAGCGAUUGAGAAAGCUUUGAGAAACUUUGAAUCAUCAAGUGAAUGGGCAGAUCUUAUAUCUUCCCUUGGCAAACUCAAUAAGGCUCUUCAGAGUAACCUGAAAUAUUCUCUAUUGCCAAGACGGCUGAUCAUCAGUAAAAGAUUAUCUCAGUGUUUGCAUCCAGCACUACCUAGUGGAGUGCAUUUAAAGGCGUUAGAAACCUAUGAAAUAAUAUUUAAAAUUAUUGGGACAAAAUGGCUUGCCAAGGAUUUAUUCUUGUACAGCUCUGGUUUGUUUCCUCUGCUGGCAAAUGCAGCAAUGUCAGUGAGGCCUGUUCUCCUUGGUUUGUAUGAGAAAUACUUUCUUCCUCUCCAGAAGUCCCUCCUGCCUGGUCUUCAAGCCUUUGUAAUUGGGCUGCUGCCAGGAUUGGAAGAAGGAUCAGAAAUUUAUGACAGAACAGAUGCUCUGCUUGUGAAGCUCUCCUUACUGAUGGGCCAAGAAGUGUUCUAUGGAGCACUCUGGGGCAGUGUAUUGGUCAGCCCAUCCAUUAGGCUACCAGCUUCUCUUUUUGUUGUCAGUCAUAUCAACAGAGAGCUGUCUGGAAGACAGCAGAAGUACAUGCUUGGCACAGAUUAUAAGCUCACGAUAAAGUCUUUGUGUGUAUCAGUAUUGGAUUCAAAUGUCCUUGUGCAAAGAAACACUCUAGAAGCGAUUCUCUUCUUCUUCCCGUUUUAUACAGCUUUGGACUGCAACGAAAGCACUGUUCUAUUGCGCAGGACUGAUUUAGUCUGCAUUCUGUCAGCAGCUACACAGACAUUGUUGAGAAGAGACAUGUCACUCAAUAGAAGAUUAUACGCAUGGUUGCUCGGCUCUGAUAUUAAAGGUGGUACUUUUGCUCCAGACUCAACAACUUCUGAAGACCGUGCUAUUUAUUUCUUUGGAAAAUAUUCUAAAGAUCUUUUGGUUGAGAGUUUGAUUGGAAUUUUACAUCAGAAGUGCCCAGAGUCUGAUACAGAGGAACAACAUCAAGCUUAUUUGAAACCCUUCCGCAUCCUAAUCAGUCUCCUGGACAAACCUGAAAUAGGGCCACAGGUUGUUGGUGAUCUAUUCCUUGAAGUUGUUAGAGCCUUUUAUUCCUAUUGCAAAGAUGCACUUGGUUCUGAUCUCAAACUCAGCUACAAUCAAAGUGGCAACAUACUUGCAAGUGCAAUCAAAGAGAACAAGAAUGCUUCGGAAAUUGUCAAAACAGUCAACUUAUUAAUCACAUCCUUAAGCACGGAUUUCCUUUGGGAUUACAUGACCAAAUGUUUUGAAGAUUGUUUCAGAAAUAAAUCCACACAGAUGAUGUAUCCUCUUGAAAAUAUUAGCACUCCUCCCACAAUUUCAGAGCUCUGCACACUGUUGGUGUUUCUUCUUGAUGUGAUUCCUUUGGAACUCUACUCUGAAGUGCAAACUCAGUAUCUUCCACAGAUGCUCAGUUAUAUGGUGCAGUGUCUCCUGGAAAAUAUGGAACUCUUAGGUUUACCAGAACUCACUCAUGCUUUAAAGACCUGUUUUAAGGUGCUGAGCAAAGUGCAAAUGCCCCCUUCCUAUUUGGACAUUGAGACAGGAAGUGGAAAUGGGAGCCCAGUGAAAAAGGAAGAUGUGGACAUAACCUUGGAGACUAAAUCUGAGCUGCAGGAGGAGGAUGAGGCUCCAUUCCCUCCCCUGAAGUCAGAAGACAGUGGCAUUGGUCUAAGUGCUUCCUCCCCAGAGCUCUCUCAGCACCUGGGGAUGCCAACUGUGACCCUUGAGAGAGAUGAUGUCUGGAAGAAAGGGGGGAGCAUUCAGAAGACUUUGUAUUGCAUCCAAGAGCUGGUUGCCAAGUUUUCCAGUAAAUACAUUUUUGGGGUGCAAAUUCAAGAAACAAGUAACGAAAGCAUGUCAGCAAUGAAUCUGAGUGGAAAAGAGAAGAAAGAGAAUGGCUACAGAUUACUUGAAAGUGCUAGCAAGAAAAAGAGCCCAUGGGAUGCAAAGCAAAUCACUGUACCUCAGUUUAAACAAAUGCUUUCAGACUUGUUCUCAGUUCGUGGGUCACCAUUCAAGAACAAGAGUUCUAAUCCUCUUCCUCCUGACUGCAACUCCAGUAAUCACAAGGAAAAGGAGGAAGAAGAGUGGGACUUAGAGCAAGUGAUGCUUGUCUUGGGACCCCUUAGAGGUGACUGCAAGGAAGCUUUCUCUGCAGCUUGUCACCUUUUGUUGGAUUGUACCACAUUCCCCGUCUAUCUUUCAGAAGAGGAGAUGGAACAGUUGUAUCUCUCUUUGUUUCAGGUUCCUGGAGGUUGUGAUGCCGGCUUCCCUCUGUGGCUGAAGUCCUUAAUGACAAUAUGCUGUUGUGUGAAUGACUGCUAUGUUCAGAACGUGUCCAUCUUCACGCUGCUGGAGGUGAUCAACCAUUCCCAGUCACUGGCACUUGUGAUAGAAGACAGAAUGAAGCGGUACAAAGUGUCUGGCCACAACCCCUUCUUUGGAAAGCUACAGAUGGUCACCCUUCCUCCCAUUGCUCCUGAAAUUCUAAAGAUCAUCUCAGAGAAAACAGAUUUCUACCAGAAAGUAGCCUGUGUCCUCUGGAAUCAGCUGAACAAAGAGACACGGGAGCAUCACAUUGCCUGUGUGGAACUGUUCUACAGGUUGCACUGCUUGGCACCAUCGGCAAAUAUCUGUGAAGACAUUAUCUGCCAUGCACUUUUGGAUCGUGAUAAAGGGACAAGGCUGGAAGCACUGUUCAGAUUCUCUGUCAUGUGGCAUCUGACCAGAGAGAUCCAAGGCAGCAGAGUGACUUCUCACAAUCGGUCCUUUGAUAGGUCUCUGUUUGUGGUACUGGACAGUCUCAAUUGUUCAGAUGGCGCAAUUGGUGCUGCAGCACAGGGCUGGCUGAUCCGUGCUCUUUCACUUAAUGAUGUUGCACGGAUUCUUGAACCAGUCCUGCUGCUGCUGCUUCAUCCUAAGACACAGCGCACGUCCAUCCACUACAUCAAACAGAAAAAUUCAGCAGAAGAUAUACAUGAUUGGCUUUGCAAGAAAAAGGCCUCUUUGAAAGAGUCUGGCAUCUCUGAGAGCAAUUCUGAGGAAAACCUUCCAUUGAGCCAGUUUACUACCGUCGAUAGAGAAGCAAUUUGGGCAGAAGUGGAAAAAGAUCCAGAGAAGCCGGAGUUAAAAACCAAACAGUCUGAAAACAAUGGCUCUUGUAAUCCAGUAACUUCACAGGAAGCAGGUGGUGACCAAGACAGUAGUGAGCACACAGAAUCAACAGACACCAGUACAGGCCAUGACAGUGAAAAUACAUCCUCUUUUUCUCCUUCUCUGGAGCUGCAGGAAGUGAGCAAUGAGGACAAUGAGAGUGCUGCAACUGAUGGCAAAGAGACCACAAACCAUGUGAGUUUGCUUACUGCAUUUCUUCCUGAAAGCUCCAAAUCCAGUGCAGCACUAAACCUUGUGCGUGCUGACUCUGAGAGGACUCAAGCAUCAGAGUCUUUGUCAAGCGAUGAAGAGGUGGACUUGGAGCUCCAGGAAAUUACCCAUUCUAGGUUGCUUAAGCAACAGAAGGAAAAACAGGAGAUGAUUGAGGCACUGUUUAAACACAUGCUGCUAUAUUUGCAGCCUUAUGAUUCUAAGAGAGUAUUGUAUGCUUUUUCUGUUCUGGAGGCAGUGCUUAAAACAAACCCUAAAGAAUUUAUUGAAGCUGUAGCUAGUACAAGCAUGGAUACCAGCUCCACAGCACAUUUGAAUCUUAUUUACAAUCUAUUAGCUCGUCAUCAGGAAGCUCUUGUAGGGCAGAGUUUUUAUGGCAAGCUUCAGACCCAGUCGCCAACCAUGUGUCCCCAUUCUCUGCUAAUAGAAUUGCUCACUUACCUCUGUCUCAGUUUUCUGCGCUCGUAUUAUCCAUGCUACUUGAAGGUCACACACAGAGACGUGCUUGGCAACAGAGAUGUUCAGGUAAAAAGUGUGGAAGUCCUGAUUAGAAUGAUGACCCAGCUAGCUACCAUGGCAAAGGCAGCAGAGAAUAAGAAUGUAGAGUUCAUACACAGUUUGCUAGGAAGAUGCAAAAUUCAGGAGUUUGUUCUUCUUUCUUUGUCUGCAUCUAUGUACACAAGUCAGAAACGGUAUGAAUUGCUUAUGGCAGAUGGAGUUAAUGUUACUGAAGAACUCUUUGAAGAGAGCCUAAUCAAUUUUGGGCACGAUCAAAUAUGGAGCGAGCACCCACUCCAGAUUGAGUUGCUGAAGCUCUUGCAGGUAUUGAUUGUCUUGGAGCACCACCUUGGACAGACUCAUGAGGAACAGGAGAAUCAGCCAGAUCUCUCUAAGGAAUGGCAGCAGGCUCUUAAUUUCCAGCAGGCUAUUGGUGCAAUGCAAUAUGUCUAUCCACACCCAAUAACUUCACAGGGAUUAUUCGUCUCUGCUGUGGUUAGAGGUUUGCAACCAGAGUAUGGCUAUGGGAUGCAUCCCACUUGGGUAGGCUUAGUCACGUGUUCCCUGCCCUAUUUUGGGAAGUCCUUAGGCUGGACUGUGGCACCAUUUGUUGUACAGAUAUGUAAAAACCUGGAUGAGCUUGUCAAACAGUAUGAAAAUGAAGCUGUGAAGACAUCUGCAAAAGCAUCUGCAAGCUUAACUUCUAAAAGAGAAAAUGUUACACCUGAUUACCCACUAACCCUUUUGGAAGGUCUGACAACCAUUGGUCACUUCUGCCUUCUGGAUCACCCUAAUCAAACUAAAAAGUCAUCAUGUUUAGCUGAACCUGCAAACCUGAGAAAUGCUAGGAAUGCCAUUUUGGAAGAAUUGCCUCGCAUUAUUAAUACCAUGUCCCUUCUUUGGAGUGUUAUAAAGAGGGAAGACUCUCAGAAAAGACCAACUGACUUCUUUGGAACAACUAAAGGCUCUUCUUCAGUCUACUUUAAAGCAACCAAAACAUUAAGAACUAAAAUACUUGACUUCAUGAAUCCAUUGACAGCACAACUUGGAAUCCAGUUGAUGGCAGCAAUUGCAGCAGUAUGGAAUAGCAAGAAACCUCAUAGGAAUCAAAGUAAAAUCAAGAUUAUUCCAGUGGCUAGUGCAUCGCAGCUUAUUCUUGUGGAUUUAAUAUGUGCACUUAAGACAUUGAAAAUUGACACUAUAUUACAUCUAGUCAAAGAGGUAGUCAAGAAACCAUCACAAAUCAAGGGAGAAGAGAAAUCUUCUCUUGUAGAUAUUCCAGUGCUGCAGUUCAGUUAUGCUUUCAUUCAAAGAUUGCCUGUUUCAGCCUUGCAGGAGAACUUCCAGUCCUUGUUAGGACUUCUCAAAGAGUCUGUGCAGUUGAAUUUAGCUCCUCCUGGACACUUUCUUCUUCUCAGUACUCUGAAUGACUUUGUGACGAGGACACCUACUCUAGAAAACAAAAAAGACCAAAAAGACUUACAGGAGGUGACCCAAAAAAUCUUGGAGGCUGUAGGGACUGUUGCUGGUUCUUCUCUGGAACAGACUAGGUGGCUGAGCCGGAACUUGGAAGUGAAAGCUCAGCCUCAGAUUUUACCAGAUGACUUCAACAUUGAAGAUGUGAAUGAUACAUCAGUGGCACCAUCUUCAAUGGUUUCUGCCUCUGCUCCUUCAAUAUACAGUGUCCAAGCUCUUUCUCUCCUUGCAGAAGUUCUUGCUUCUCUUUUGGACAUGGUUUACCGGAGUGAUGAGAAGGAGAAAGCUGUGCCAUUGAUUUCACGUUUGCUUUAUUACGUGUUUCCUUACCUACGCAACCACAGUGCCUACAACAUUCCUAGUUUUCGUGCUGGUGCUCAGUUGCUCAGCUCAUUGAGUGGAUACGCCUAUACCAAGCGAGCCUGGAAAAAAGAAGUUCUCGAGUUGUAUAUGGAUCCAGCUUUUUUCCAGAUGGACACUUCAUGUACUCAUUGGAGAUCCAUUAUUGAUCAUCUUCUAACACAUGAGAAAACUAUGUUUAAAGAUUUGAUGAAUAUGCAGAGCAGCGCCUUAAAACUGUACCCAAGUUUUGAGCAAAAAGCAAUGUUGUUGAAGCGGCAAGCUUUCGCUGUCUUCAGUGGAGAGACGGAUCAAUAUCAUCUCUAUCUUCCCUUAAUACAAGAACGACUGACUGAGAACCUCCGUGUUGGGCAGACGUCUAUAGUUGCUGCACAGAUGUUUCUCUUCUUCAGAGUUCUUUUGUUGAGAAUUUCUCCUCAGCAUCUAACUUCAUUGUGGCCAAUUAUGGUAACUGAAUUGAUUCAGACAUUUCUACAGCUGGAAGAAGAUUUAACUGAAGAAGAUGAACCAUCAAAGAGCAACAGCAAAAUAAGCAAACAGAAAGUCUUGGGUGAUGGCAGUGGAUAUGACAUACAGCAGAAUGAGCUGUCCUUGUACUUAUCAGCUUGUAAGUUUUUGGACACAGCGCUUUCGUUUCCACCUGACAGGAUGCAGUUGUUUCAAAUGUACAAAUGGGCAUUUGUUCCGGAAGUGGACACAGAGUCAUCUACUGUGACCUCUCAUCUGUUAGAAAAUCAUCAGGAAUGCAGACCACACAUUGUGAGAAUCAUGGAUCUGCUGAAGAUGAAAUACGGGGAAACAAACACCACUGAGGGAAUUUCCAAGAAGCACCAAUUUCCUCUUUUGAAUGUUCACUCUAUAUCUAGCAUCACCCAGCUUAUGCCCUUCUUCAAGACUCUGUGUUGUGCAUUUACAACAAAUGGCAGUGAGUCCCAGAAUUCACAUGCUUUUGCCUCUCUCUCUCUGGACUAUGUUGGCAGUAAUGGCACAAAGAUCUUGCAACAGCUUGAAGAGAGUGUUGAAUGUGACUUCCUUGAAAAUAUGGAAAGUUAAGCCACACAUCGGACACUUGGCUCAUGGUGAAUAGUGAAAAAAGGGAAAAUUUUACUGCAAUUAAUCUCUCCCCCCCCAGUUUUGAAAGUACAUUUUGUUUUUUCUUCCUGCUGUUGUGGAGUGCUCUUCGAUAUUCCAGGCUUCUGAGUGGGUGUUAAAAAGCAGGAUUCUUCAGUCCGGGGGGUGGGUGGGGGUGGGGGGUGGCGGUGGUGAGUACAGCUUAAUGGCAAUUUAUCAUAGCUACUGUAUUCUUUUACUUGUUUUCAAUGUGAAGGAUUAAAGAGAUUUUGUAAAUAAAGGAAGAAUAUUUUUGACUUGGUGAAAGUAGCAACUGUACCAUUUAACCAGUAAAUUCUCAAGUAAGUAUUUUAAAACACUUUUGGAACUGUGUUCUGAAAGUAAAUUUAAGAAAAAGCUAAUAUUGCAUGUCAGUGUACAGUCCGUUUGCAAAAAAGCCAUUUCCUGAGGUUAAAGCCCGCUUCUACUUCUUCUUUCUUUAACUUGUCCUAAAACUUACCAGCUUCUAAACAGAUCACCUAAAUUUCAAACAGCUGUAUUUUAUAAGUCUUAGUAUUGUGCAAAUAGAACUGCAGACUUGCCAUGUUUGUAAUUUCAACUCUGUACUAUAGUAGCAUUCUUCAGGAUUAGCAAUUCUUAAAUAAAAGACAAGUAUGCAUAAAAGAUAAACCUAUGCAGUAACAUUUUGUAAUUUACAUUACUUGAGGGUUUUUUAUUUUAAUUAAUUGACUAAAAAUAUUAUAAUUCAGGUUUUUAAAUUAAAAAACUUUUUUUGUUCAGUGACUUAAGGUCACUUUGCAACUUCUGAAAUGCAAAAAUGAAAAUAGUUCUGUAAAAAUAUAAAGUGCUCUAUACCAACAGCCUAAUUACAAUUAAAAUUCUUUUUUUUAAAGAACGCUUUUUAUACAAAAGAAUGUGUUUGGCUAUUCCUAGUUUUAAAAGAUAUAGGGAGAUCAUCACAGUGCCAUGACCACAGUAAUGUUCAAGGUGCAUUUUUAUUUUGGUCCACGUUUAUUUUGGAACUGCACUGCUACUGCCACCCAGGACAUGGGAGACAGGGAUUAGUUCUACCACCAGACAGCACAGCUGGAUGUCUGAAGGACACUUCUGAUGGCCAGCAGAUAACCACCAUCAUAGCAACACAUACAACAAAAGGCCCAGUAGAGUGGUUUUUUAGAUGAUGAGGUAGGCUCCACUGAAUUUUCAUAUUUAGUGGAUUAUCUGACUGAAUUUGUAAUGCUGAUUUGUUUGGGAGGGCAAGUUCAUCGUGUUUCAUAGUGAAAAGCUUUGCUCUUUUUUUUAAACACCUUUGCCCCCAGAGAAAUUGAUUUUGUAAGAUACACCUGUAGACUGGUAUGUGUUACUUGAGUUAUUUGGAACAUUGUGGCUGAAGUAAAUGCGCUGGGUACUGGAACUCACCGCUGUUGGUUUUGCUAAUUAAAAGAGGACAUACAAAAUGCAUGGUUUAAUGUCACCAGGUUGUGAGGUCAGGGAUUAUUUUUUUUUUCGAAACUCACAAAACAAACAUGGAAGGCUACUCUGCAGUGUUUUUACCUACAGAUAUACGAAAUUUACAUCUUUGGAUUACAAACUAAAACAAUGAAACACUGAACAACAUGCUUUAAUGUGAUAAUACUGUAAUGCUCUAUGAAGAUAAUACUGUAAUAGGCUUAUGCUAAACUUAGCUAGCUACUUUGCAUUUUACAGUUAAGGAAAGUGAUAGACUGAAGUGUGAUAUUGUGUAGUCACUAAGAAUGUGCAUUAUUUGUAUUAAUGUAAUUUAUAAUGCUAUUGGAAUGAGCAGAAGGGAAAAGUUUCACUUUUAAAGCAUUACUUGAAAAUUGGAAUGGGAUAUUUUUAAAAUGUUUGUGUCCAUUACUUACAUAUCUUCAACAAUUUUGAAGAUAAUAUUACUAAUAUGCAGGGUGAUUUAGUAGUUUUACUUUCAUCUUUCUGGUGGUUGCCUUCCAUACUUGGGUAUUUCCCUUAAGGUCCUGAUGAGAUGCUGUUAAAUGGGCUAUAAAAUCUAAGACAACUUUCUGCCAUCGAACCUUUUGUUUUACAUCCUCCCAUAAGCUAUAAACCUGUGUAUUCACGUAGUUCCUUGCUAAACUGGAGGUGGUGAACCAGUUUCUUCAAUUGAGGGUCUUGUCAUUCUUCCCCUUGACAUGUCCCAUUCUGGCUGCCUGUACUUCGGAUGUGCAGCGGAUCAGCCCUCAGUCACUUCUAGCCAGGCUGGUGAACUUUAAAAACAGAAUCUGUGACUUAGUUAUACUAACUUCUAAGAUUAUCUUACUUUCUACAAAAGUAGCGUGUGCUUCUAACUCCUGCCUUCAUACAUACGUUUACCUUUUUCCUGUGGUUUUGCAGAUGGCUAGUGCUUUAAGUGGCCUCAGAUACUUGUGACUUGCAGAAUCCUUUCACUGCAGCAGAAUCUAAUUCUUAAGAAGAAAAAGUUCUUUAAAAUUUAGUGUAUAAGCAGAUCUUGUAUCAUUACAAAUAGCAUGUGAAUAAGGAAGAAAGUGCUUUCUUCAACUAAAAAUCCUUGGGUGGUGGAGGGGGCACAGUUACAUAGGCGUGAAGGUAUCUCUAGCCGUGUAACUUUAUUCCUUUUCUAUAUGAGACUAACUGUAGUCAUUUUACUUAUUAUGCUACUGCUGUUAAAUCCACACGACAGAGGGUUGUACCACUUUAACACUGGUACUGCCAAAGGAGAAUAAUCUAACUAUAGAUGAAUCUGAAAAACUUUUGCCUGAAACAUAGUAUCAAGAACAGGAGAGAAAAUGCUUUUGCUUUGCUUUAUGGUUCUUUUCUUGUUUUCAGAAUAACCAAGCUCAGCUUUCUCCUUUUGGAUACUUAAGCUUUGAGAUAGCAUAGCCACAGUGCAUGAUACACAGGGGGAGCCAUAUUUAAAUAUUCAAAAUUAUUUCAUUUUCCUGAAGGAAAAAAAAAUAGUAGGUGCAACCAAGGUAACUGUCAAGAACAGCAGAGCUUGAAAUGCAGAGCAUUAAGUAAUUGGCUAAGCGUAUUCGAUACUGUAUGUGAAUGCAAUUGUAAUAUUAAAUGUUAUUUUGAAAUACA